AAUUGGGCGAUUUUGAAAUGUAGUUUGUGGUUAAUUUAUUGCUUAAACCACAAACCACAUUUUGGGCGAUAAUGGAUUUGAUUUUCAUCGCGUAACGUUAUUGAUACCUACACUUUUGACCUUGAAACUCAGUUUUAGUAGCGCGCAGCGCAUGAAUAUUGUGGAAUGUGAAUAUUUUGACUACAAAGUGUACAAACAGAUACAAUCAUUUAUUUAUAGCUCCAGUCUCCAGUGCCGAGUCGAGUGCGCGACCGACAGCCGAUACGCAAGUCGCAAGUUGCAAUUUUUAAAUUUUAAGUGUGGUGUGGUCGUGCCGGUCGUGGUGUAACGUGUUUAGCCUCUAUUAACUGUGCCUAUUUUUCAUAAUGGGUAAAUGGGCAAAAUAUGUGAAACAACACCGAAAGGAAUGGGAAGAAGAAAAACAAUUCAAAGGUUGGCUAAUAAGUAAAGAUGAUAAAAGUUAUUGCAAAUUAUGCAAUGCAGAAUUACGAUCGCAUCGAGGUGACCUCAUUAGACAUGCUACAACGUCCAAACAUAAAUCAAACAUGAGUAAAAUAAACAACCACUGCAGUUUAAGAAACUUUGGUGUUGUAGUUUGUACCGAUCAAAUCAAACGGAAAGAGCUGAUUUUAGCUAGUUUUAUAGCUAAUCAUACAUCAAUAAGAAGUAUAGAUCACCUAUCAGAAAUAUUGAACAAAUUCUGUGAGCAUCAGAAUAAACCAUCGUCUUCUGCGGCAAGCAAUGUGGAUACUCUUCACCUGCAUAAAACAAAAUGUGCUGCUUUAAUUAGGAAUGUUAUAGCUCCCUCACUACUAAACGAGUUGGUGGAAGAUUUAUCCAAUUCGCCCUUUUCAAUAAUAGUGGACGAAUCAACCGAUGUUAGCACAGAUAAACUUCUUUGUAUCAAUAUUAAGUAUUAUUCUGUGAAAAGCAAUGCUAUCAAGCUACAGUUCUUGACAUUUGUAAGUGUUACAAAAACCACAGCAGAGGAUUUGUACAAUGCUGUUACAGAUUACCUACUGGCAAAUAAAUUUCAUUUGCAAAAUUUGUUAGGUAUCGGUACUGAUGGUGCGAAUAACAUGUGUGGCGAGCAUAAUUCUCUUUAUACUUUGUUAAAAAAAAAUUUAAACUUAAAUAAUUUAGUCUUAGUCAAAUGCAUUUGUCACAGUCUACAUUUAUGCACAUCAAAAGCCUCUGAAGUGUUUUCAGAUGAAAUAGAUUUCUUACUUAGAGAAACCUACAGUUGGUUUAGGCACAGUGCACUUAGGCUAAGUAAAUAUAAAGAAAUCUAUAGUUUAAUUAAUCUAGACAGUAAGUUUACAAAGUUUGUACAACUUUCAUCCACACGAUGGUUAUCAAGAUACAAAGCUGUACAAAAAAUAUUAUCUCAAUAUUUAGAACUUGAAACAUUCUUUAACAUUCAUGCAGAUAAAGAGCGGUGUCAUACGGCAAAAUUACUGAGUAAUGCAUACACCGAUAAAAAGAAUAAGGUUAUAUUGACGUUCAUUCAACCUAUAUUAAAACAGAUUUCAUGUUUAAAUGCUUAUUUUCAAAAACAAGGUAUAGAUUAUUAUCUUGCGUUUCAAGAAAUUAAUGUCCUCAUAUGGACAUUGGUCAGGCAAAUUAUAAAACCAACAUUAAUAACUCAUUUCAAGGAAAACCUUGAUCUCCUAAAAAAUUCCAUGCUUUUUGAGCAAAAUUAUUUACGAUUAGAAAGUUGUGACUUUGGGCAUGAAUUUGAACAGGAACUGAAAUCGUCCAAUUUAUCUUUAGAGACAGCAACAGAAAUUCGAAGGAAAGCCAGGGAUUUUAUAAAGGAGUUAAUACUAGAAUUAAUUAAAAGAAUGCCAUCUCAUCUCAACAUCUUUUCCCAAGUCAAAAUGAUUAGCCCUAAAGUAAUUUUAAAUCCCUUAAGACCAAAAUAUGUAGAAUUACCAUUGAAAUUAGUCCCGAAUAUAAACAUAAGCGAUAUGGAAGUGCAGUACAGACAAUUGCUAAAUGUGGAGUGGGAUCAAGUGUUCCCCGAAAAUAUCCCUGAAGACACUGUAGAAUUUUGGCAAAAAGUUAUAACUUUAAAAAAUGCCGCUGGCCAGUUGCUUUAUAAAGAUAUUUCUUUGUUCGCUUUUGCCCUAUUGACUUUACCUUCUUCAAACGCAGCAGUGGAAAGAUCUUUUUCUAUGAUGACCAUUGUCAAGUCUAAACUCAGAAAUCAAAUGAUGCUCAAUCUUUUAAAUUCAAUUGUAUUUAUUAGGGCAUACUUUAACGUCAAUUCCAUUUGCUGCAAAUCUUUUGAACCCACAAAAGAUAUGUUUUCCGCAUUUAAUUCAAAAAUGUACCAGAAUAAUUCGGAAAUAAGUGAUGUAGACGAUGACACAAAUAACAUUAAUUAUGUUGAUGAUGUAAUACUGUUAUGUAAUGAAACAUUGUAGUACCACCCUAUUUUAAAUAAAUUAGGAUUUAUUUUCUCUUAAUAUUCUUAACCAUUUACAGCAUUAAAUUUUGGCGCCAUUAUUAUUAGGACUUGCGCCUUUGGGCGAUUUCUAAUGAAGGAGUGUGC